ACCGCGCCGCACACCAUGGCGAGCAUGUGGACACUAGCGGGCUGCCUGUCCCUCCACCCGGCUUCGAACCCGCACCCGCGCCCACUGAGCAGCAGCCCGCACCCCCGCCUAGACACUAGCAGCACUCGCAGCACUAGCAGCACUGGCACUUGCAGCACGUGGGCUCGGCGGCCUGGUCGAGGGCCUGGCCGGGCAGCCUCGGCCUCCCAGCUGUUCCCCCACUGGACGGUGCUUGCCGUGGCGGUGGCGGUCUACUUCACGUCGGGCAGCGCCGGCGUCCCGGAAGUGCAGCAGGUGGUGCGGGGCGUCCGGGUUAAGCAGGGCGACAUCGCGGGGCUGCUGCGGACCACGGACAACGGCUUCAAGUACGUCAGCUUCCGGGGCAUUCCCUACGCCGCGCCGCCCGUCGGGGAACUUCGCUUCAAGUCGCCAAAAGAGCCGCAGUCAUGGGCGCCGCGCGAGCUGGAGGCCUUCAAGGAUGGCACCAACUGCAUGCAAGUCAAGGACACCAAGUUCAAGCUGUGGGGCUUGCUGGGCUUCAACCGGAGUCUGGCGGACUGGCUGCUGCUGGUCACUUCGCUGCCGAGACUCGUUUCCACGUUCCUCGCCAUGCAGGAGAGCGAAGAUUGCCUCUUCCUCAACGUCUAUACUCCAGUGCAGCGGCUGCCCGUGCUGCCGUCCGAGGAGCACCGGCCGGUCCUCGUCUUCGUCCACGGCGGCGGCUUCCUCCGCGGCAGCGCCAACUCUGCCAUCUACGGCCCCGACUUCCUCGUGGAGCAGGGCAUGGUGGUCGUGACGCUCAACUACCGCCUGGGCUCCUUCGGCUUCCUCUCCACCAACACCUCGGACGCGCCGGGCAACGCGGGGCUCAAGGACCAGACCAUGGCGCUGCGCUGGGUGCGGGAUAACAUCCACUUCUUCGGCGGCGACCCCAAGCGCGUCACCAUCUACGGCGAGUCGGCCGGCGGCGCGUCCGUGCACCUCCACGUGCUGUCGCCCAUGUCCCGCGGCCUGUUCCACGCCGCCAUCAUGUCCAGCAGCACCGUGCUCUCCACCUACGUCAUGACCGACGACCCCGUGGAGCACUCCGAGCUGCUGGCCCGGAACCUCGGCGCGCCCGAGGAGGUCAUCGCGGACCCCCGGCGCCGAGUGCAGUACCUCCGCGAGCAGGACCGCUUCGCCGUGGCCAGGAAGUACGCCAACAGCCUGACCGAAGAGGACUCGCGGCAGAUCAUCACCAAGCUGCCGUUCGGGGCCGUCGUCGAGGACUGCGGCGACGGCGAGGAGCACUUCCUGUGCGAGAACCCCGUGGACAUCCUGGAGAGCGGCCGCUACAACAAGGUGCCCACCAUGUUCGGCUUCAACCAGAACGAGGGCACGCUCAUCUACGCACUUGACAGCGCCAAGGAAAUCCUCGGCAAGCUCGAGAGCGACGUGACCACGCUCGUGCCCUCCAACCUGUUGGGGCGCGUGCAGGGCGCCGACCGGGAGCGCCUCGGCCGUCGGAUCAAAGAGUUCUACAUCCGACCGGAAGACCCCAGCGACCUGGGGGCCCUGCUCAAACUCUACGGCGACAUCCAGAUCGCGCACGGCGUCCUGGUGGCCGCGCGCUGGCACGCGCGCCACUCGACGCCGGCCACGCCCGUCUACCUGUACCGCUUCACGCACGACGCCUUCGGCUUCUACAAGUUCCUCUACGGGAUUCGCGCCAUCAAAGGCCCCGGGCACGCCGACGAGCUGGGCUGUGUGUUCAACUUCGGCGGCAUCCUCAACAACAAGUUCACCCCGAACUUGUCCCGGCAAAAACAGUGCCGGAUGAAGAUGACGAAGCUCAUUUCCAAUUUCGCCAAGCACAAAAACCCCAUCAUUGAGGAGGAGCGCGAGAUCUUCGGGACCCAAUGGCCGGCCGCGACCAGAUCGGCCUUUAGCUACCUCGACUUCAACGAGACGCUGCAAAUCAAGACUGACCCCAUUAGCGAUAGAAUGAAAUUCUGGGACUCUGCGUACAGAGAAGCCACUCACGCUGCCAUCUAUGAAUAAAUUGAAUAUAGACUUUUUCUUUUCUAACAAA